GUCUUCCUUAUUUAUUUUGAUGUCUUUUCGAGUUAUUCAUAAAUUUAAUGACGAGCAAUGAGGCGGCAGUGUCGCCGUGUCGGUGGGGACUGGGGAGACGGAUUAAUCAUUGACAUACGCGCCCUCUGGAAUGAGUGCCACGCGUCAAUUGCAAUCAUAUCUAGGAAGGGCAGUACUGGAAACAAAAAAUUUUCACUAUGACUAUGACGCCCAGGCCGAUUCUAGGGCACGAGAGAUCAGAGAUCUAGAAUUCGAAUAUGGAGGCAACCGAGGAAGGGUUGCUAGAUAAAAUCCGGCCACCGAGGCUAGAAGACGCCGGCCUCGAAGAUUGUGCGCUGCCGCCGGAGUCAAUCAAAGAGGCAUUCCUCAAGGCCGCGAGCGCCGUGCGGUCGAUCAUUUCCACAUCGGACGACGAAGCCGAAGACAGUUGCGUGGACGAUCCGUGGCCGCGCACCGGAGAUUCACCCGAUUCGCUCGUCGGAAUCACGGAGGGAGUCGACGGCGGUCCAGGCAGCUGCGUCACCGAGAAGCCAGCCGGUGCCGGCGGAGUUCCUGAAGUUGCCGGCGACGAGGUGGUUGUAGCCGGUGCAGGCGGAAACGAAGAUAAAACGGAUGCACUGGUGGCACCGGAUCUGCCCUGCGGCGGCGGAGCGUGCGUUGACGGAUUAGAAGGAUUGAAGAUCGGAGAAAAGGCGAAAAAUUCAAGCAAAAAAUCGGUAAAUGCGGAUGAAGAUGACGAUGAUGAUGAAAAGACUGAAAAACCAAUCAUAGUUGAAGGUGGUUAUGCAUAGUAAACCACGUCAUUUCACAUAAUUUGCACUCUAGACUUUAUUAAAUGCUUAAAUGUAGAUGAGACCUCCAUUCAUCGUCCUCUUAAUCUUCAUGCCCUACCAGCCCACCCUUCGAAUCUCAUCUCGCUGUAGUAGUUGUACGACUUGUCUUGUAAGUUGAGCUAAUCCAUUAGUGAUGUUGACUUUCUUCCAUAUCCAUUUCUAUAAUUCUAUCAUUUCUAUGUGCUGCGUUGAGUU